AUGGAGGCUUCCGAAAGGCAACAUCUGGAAAGCUUCUUACUACUUAGUUCGCCUGCCUCAAAACUAAAGCAGAAGCUCUUUGACUUAUUAACAAUCGUGGAAACUCAGCGCGAUACCGCCGACUGGCCGAAAUAUCUGAAUACCUUCGGCCUUUGCGCCUCAGAAUUGGUUGAAAUAAGAAAAUUUCUCGAGUCAGAGAGAUUUGCUUCCGCUCACUCCAUGAUCCUCACUCCACGGGCAUUGAGUACAGAUGCGGAACCUAACCUAGCCAAAGCAACUGAUGAUCGCUUGCUUAUGUUCAAUCAGGAUGCGGCGCCUCUGUACCUACGAACAAAGUUAGACCCACAGGUGACUCCUUGCCGUUCUCCGUUAGAGUUAUUCCAUAAUUUGCAUAUAUACAUUCUAUUGGCCUUUAAGAGCUCAAGCGCUGCCUCAGAACCUUAUAUAAUGUUACCUCUGUUUGGAGGACCCAUGUUAGAUUUCGUUUCAGUUGCUGCCACCGGUUGUGCGGAGUACUUAAUUGAGGUCCACUUACAGGUGGAAGCCUUACGAACGGCUGUAGACACGCGGGCGAUAUCGUUGCGUACUUCCUCUGCAUUCUCCCCGGAACACGCGCUAAUGCUGCACGAAAAGCUAGUUGCAACUAUGUUGGAUGAUGUUCGCUUACUGAAGCAGGAAAUGGACCAGGAUCAAGAGAAGUUGGUCACUGUUAGAUCGGCAGCAAACCAAGAUGAUCUUUUCAACCUGGUGGCCAUGAUGACCGUCGGCAGAGAUUAUGCAAUGGGAAUGAAACCCGAUGUUUCCAAAUAG